AUGUCCUUCAUGGGCGGGGCCGAGUGCUCCUCGGCCGGAAACCCGCUGAGCCAGUUCCAGAAGCACGUCCAGGAUGAUAAGACGCUGCAGCGCGACCGCCUCGCCGCCAGGGGGCCUCCCGGUGCCCAGCUCGGCGCCUUCCGGAGCCAGGCCGCCAAUGCGCCGCAGGACGAGAUGCUCGACGGUUUCCUCAACGGCGCGCCUAGCCAUCCGCAAGAGUUCCCCAUGCACGCCGGCCCCGCCCCGCUCAACCCGGCCCAGCAGGCGUCGAUGCGCGCCAGCUCGGCGUCCCCCUCGUGGGCCCGCGACUUCAGCAGCCAGCCGGGCAUUGAGGCGUCGUCGUCGGCCUUCAAGCCGCCCCCCGGCAUGCACUUCAGCGCAGACGAGUUUGCCCGCUUCAACCAGAUGAACGCGCAGGCGUCGUCGUCACGGUCCAGCCCCAUGCAGAGCAACCUGUCGGGCCAGGUGCCCCAGCAGCGGCCCAUGCUCGGCGUUGGCAUGAUGAACUUGGGCAUGGGAUACGGCAUGGCGGGCCAGUCCAUGUUCCAGCCCAUGUACCAGAACCACCACCAGCCCCUGCAACAGCAGCCGCAACAACAACCGGACGCCAAGGGCAAGGGCAAGCUGGUGGAGCUAGACGACAGCAAGUGGGAGGAGCAGUUUGCGCAGCUCGAGCUCCAGGACAAUGAGACUGCGCAGAAGCAGAGCGAACAGGACGAGGCCAACGCCGCGGAGCGCGAGCUCGACGAGAUGGACAAGGCGAUGCAGUCGGAGACGAAUGAGUUCGACCAAUUCCUCGACCAGUUCGACCAGGAGUGGAACAACGACAUGAUGCACGACUUCCAGGGCAUGGGCGACUGGGGCCGCUUCAGCGACCCCGUCAUCGACAAGUACAUGUUUGAGCAGGAAAACAUGUUCCGCGACCAGAAAAGCGCGUUCGAGCAGGGCGUGCUCGUCAUGAAGGACGGCGGUAACUUGUCGCUGGCGGCGCUGGCGUUCGAGGCGGCCGUCCAGCAGGACCCGGCGCACGUCGAGGCCUGGGUCUACCUCGGCCAGGCGCAGGCGCAGAACGAAAAGGAGACGGCGGCGAUCCGGGCCAUGGAGGAGGCGCUCAAGCUCCAACCGGACAACCUGGAUGCCCUCAUGGGCCUGGCCGUGUCGUACACAAACGAGGGCUACGACAGCACCGCCUACCGCACCCUCGAGCGCUGGCUCUCGGUCAAGUACCCGGGCAUCCUCGACCCCAAGGACGUGCACCCGCCUGCCGACAUGGGCUUCACCGACCGGCAGAUGCUCCACGACAAGGUGACGGGCCUCUUCAUCAAGGCGGCGCAGCUGAGCCCGGACGGCGAGCACAUGGACCCGGACGUCCAGGUCGGCCUCGGCGUCCUCUUCUACGGCGCUGAGGAGUACGACAAGGCCGUCGACUGCUUCCAGUCGGCGCUGCACUCGUCGGAGCUCGGCACCUCGAACCAACAGGAGCAGGUCCACCUGCUCUGGAACCGCCUUGGCGCCACCCUCGCAAACAGCGGCCGCUCCGAGGAGGCCAUUGCCGCCUACGAGCAGGCCCUCUCGCUGUCGCCCAACUUUGUCCGCGCCCGCUACAACCUCGGUGUCAGCUGCAUAAACAUCAACUGCCACCAGGAAGCCGCGUGCCACUUCCUCGCCGCCCUCGCCAUGCACAAGUCGAUUGAGACGUCGGGCCGCACCCAGGCCUACGAGAUCCUCGGCAACGACGCCGCCCCGCUCGUCGACGAGGCCCUCGACCGCAUGUCGGCACAGAACCGUAGCAGCACCCUCUACGACACCCUGCGCCGCGUCUUCACUCAGAUGGGUCGCAGGGACUUGGCCGAGAAGACAGUCCCGGGCGUCGACCCGGACGUCUUCCGGCCCGAGUUUGACUUUUGA